UAUAUUUUUUCUAUUUCUUUUUUUUUCUUUUGUUCCAACCGUCAUUUUCUCCCCAAUUUGACGCUUUUUGUUACCAGAAAAUCAAACCUAUAAAAAAUCAAAGAAAAACUCACCCAUCGCUCGGUGAGAUUUUUUUCCCCCAAUUUUUUCUUCUCUGGUUUCUCUGCAAUCUCCAUUCCUUUCCACUUUAGGUUUAAACUUUCAACAACAACAACUACAACAACAACAAUAAUGCCAUGAUAAACCCUAAAUUCAAAAAGGAAAUUUCCAGUUUUUCCUCUUUAUUUCGCUGUAAAUAUCUUUCAAAAGCCUUUCUCAAAAUAUCUAUCAACUCCUAAGCGUUUGCAUUUCACCGUCAAUCGAGAAUCUUCCAUCAAUAAUCCUUCAAGUUACAGUUAAAGCAACUCUUCUGAACGUGUAACUGUUUCGUACAGUAAAAUUUUCGGAGCAAAUUUUUUUUUUUUUGUAUUUCUUAAAUCUUAAGUUCGGAUCUCUAAAUUUGUCGAAAUAAAAAGUUUGAAUUUCUUUGUUUUCGCGUGCUUUCAAGUUCGGCAACUUUGGUUGUAAGAAGGGGAACAAAAGGGGAAAGUCUGCUUUGAAAAAGCUACGAAGGACUUUCAAAAUGAUAGCCAGAAAGGUUGGACGUGAUUUACUUAGAUGCCAACAUUUCAAUGUUGGUGAAUUAUGUGACCUUAGCUGGGAGUGUCUGAGCUGAGCAAAGAGAUGCAGGUAGUUGGCUUUCAGUUGGAAUGAGGAACUUACAGAACACACAAGAUAUAAAACCCUCAACUCAAGCUUCACAUGAACCAAAAACAGAACAGCAGAACAAUCAAACGGCAGAUGACCCCUUAGCAGACUCUGGCUCUUUAUCUGCUUCAAGCAAUGAUAGCCGAAAAGUUUCACGGCAAGAUAUUGAACUUGUCCAGAAUUUAAUUGAACGAUGUUUACAACUAUACAUGAAUAAAGACGAGGUUGUCAAAACCCUCUUGACUCGAGCAAGAAUAGACCCUGGAUUCACAACUUUAGUAUGGCAGAAGCUGGAAGAGGAAAAUGCUGAUUUUUUCAGGGCAUAUUAUAUAAGGCUGAAAUUGAAGAAGCAAAUCCUUUUAUUUAACCAUUUGCUUGAGCAUCAAUAUCAUCUGAUGAAAUAUCCUGUGCCUCCAAAGGUUCCUCUGGCCCCAAUACAAAAUGGGAUUCAUCCCAUGCCUGUUAACAACUUGCCAAUGGGAUACCCUGUGCUGCAGCAACCUCCAAUUCCAGCUGCAGGGCAGCCUCAUCUUGACUCCAUGGAUAUAUCAAGCUGUCAUGUGGUCAAUGGAGUCCCUGUACCCAGCAAUUUUCAACCUAUGCGGAUGAAUUCUGGGAAUGACAUGGUGAUGGACAACAAUGUCACUGAUGUAACACCUGCGGUUCCUCCAACCACUACCAUGUCAUCUAUGUCAGAGUUGCCUGUGAGCCCUACAUCAGUGGCAUCCAGUGGGAAUUAUCCUUUCACUGCAUCAGACAUGUCAGGGAUGGGAGUAGACACGUCAGCACUUGAUUCAGCCUUUACAACAGAUGUGGCAAGUUCAGUAGGAUUGCAGCUGGGACCUGAUAAUGGAGCUGGGAGUACUAGAGAUUCCCUUAGAUCACUUGAUCAGAUUCAGUGGAAUUUCAGUCUCACAGAUCUGACAGCAGACUUGUCAAACUUGGGAGAUUUAGGAGCCCUUGAGAAUUACCCUGGCUCUCCUUUUCUUCCCUCAGAUUCAGAAAUUUUGGAGCAAGAGGAUAUAGUGGAGGAAUUUUUUGUUGAUUCUGUCCCUGGACAGUCAUGCUCUCCGUCUGAUGAAGAGGGAUCCUAGACCAAGGUGAGUGCUGUACCUUAUCUUUGUAAAAUUGUUAGGAUAGAAUAGAGUUAGAUCAAUAAGAACAUCAUUUGACAUUUAUCCAGUAGGCAUUUUGAAUUUUUAACAAAUUUGAACAUUUCGGCAGUGUAAUUUUAUCUUGAUCAAUCAAUAGCAAUCAACAAACAGGGAAGUAGCCAACUUCUCCUCAGUUGUAAUUUUUCAGAUUGUGGAUACGAGUCUUUUAAUGUUACUUGGAGAACCUGAGGACCGUUUGUUCUUAAUCUUUUGUUUUGUUUAAAAUGAGGAAAUCACUGCAAUCUUUUCCCAUCCUACCUGACUUUGUGAUGAGGCAAUCGAUUGAGCUUCCAUUCUGAAAAUGGAAUAAAUUCUGUUAUGACAGUAGGAGUAUUUAAAUGGUUUGCUUAGCAUCGGGGACAGGGCAUGCCUCGUUAAACUGUUGAAUACCCAACUGACCCUGCACUGAUAGUGAAUUUCACAUCACAAGUGGAUGUGGCAUCCACAUGAAUGUUAGGGGAAAAAGCAUUGCAAUGGGAGUAUUGUUUACUUUCUUUACUGUGAGUUGAUGAUUUACCAUAAUACCUACUGAGCUGCAGCAUAUGCAAUUACAUCCUCAAACCAGAAGUUCAUUUUUGGAAACUUUGCAUUAUCAGGUCAUCUAGUUUAGAAAGUCGAGCUGUCAAAUUUCAUUUGUUUGGUGUUGUGGUAAUGUUAGUUCCUCGUGACUUUUAGUGGAUUCAUCUAGAGUGUCAGUUGCUUUGCUCGUGAUUAGUUUCUGGAACGACGACUGUGUCCUGACCAAAAAAUUAUCAUUAAGAGACUAGAAUUUAGCAGCAUCAGCAUGAAUAUAA